CAUUCAAUACCACCCAGCCGACAGCUGGAACGUGCACGGACACUUUUCAAGUUUGUGGGGUCACAACAGUGGCACCCAUUAUUUGUGGUGACAGCACAUGUACCUCGACCUUCCAUCGUCGGUCCUUACUCCCAGCAAUGUCCAGCUCAUGUUCAGUUUUGGAGCUGUGACAGCUACCCGUUCAUGGAACAUCAAAAUUGCGAUGCUCCCCUGUGGCGCCUCCUACCUCGCUCCCGUGGAUUGUCUUCAGUAUUUCACUGAUCCUACUGGAAGAGUCAUGUCUUUUAAUUGGCAAGGCGUCGCUGUUAGUGCCACCCGUCAAAUAAACAACCAACAUUACAACAUCUGCUUCAGAACUGAGCUUGUCUCAUUAAAAUUAAAGGUGAGACAGAGAGCGGCCCAGAUGUGCUUUUCAGUCUGCUCGGUUUUGAACGGGGACGCAUUUUCUAUUACUACACCCACCAGCACUGCUGCCGCUCUUGCCGCCAUUGCUGUUACUACAGCCACAGCAAAUCUCGCAGCUGCCCAAGCUCAUCUAGCCGUUACCCAGGCCGGUAUUAAUCCACUUGUUCCAACAACAGCCCAGUACCUGGCCGUUAUCAAUGCAAACACCGCCGUGAGAGACAGUCAAGCCGCCCUUUCAGCUGCCCAAACUACUUUCGCUACAGCGACUGCUACGGCCGCUUCUCACUCUGGUGUGGGCAUAAGUGCGGUGAAUGAAGUUAACAUGGCCACCUGCCUUUAUGAUUUUCUUGUCAUCGCCGGUGCCCGAGAUGCUGCUAAUGAUGAAGCCGAUCGUUACUGUGGGAACGCCCUGAAUCCAGCCGCUAACCCUUUGACGACAAACGUCCAAGUUUGUACUUUGAUUAAGCCGUUCAAGAUCAGUUACGGGACGGAUGGGACGGAAGGCGCGGUGGUUACCGGAACGAAUAUUCUUCCGGCACCAGCUGAUACACACAACACUGGAUUCUGCUUGGAUUAUCAAGAGAAGUAGACUGUCGACAGUGAUACGAUUUCAUUUUGGUCUUUAUAACUUGAUACAGUAAUUAAUAUUUAUCUGUUAUUAACGAGACGAUUCCAAAGAGGUUCUGGUUUUCUGUCUCAAUUUCGUAGUGGAUGUGAUCUAAUUACUAUUCGUACUUUUGGUCGACUUUGAAUAAUAAUAAGCAACAUUUGACUUUGAGAUUUGGAUUUUAACAUUUCUGUCUUGUUAAACUCUUUUUUACGUAAAACACCAAAUAACCGUGCGACCCAGUUUCUUUAAUACUUUAAUGCAUGAAAUGUUAGCUAGUUGUUGUAGUUUUUAGAAUUUUAGUGCCGCAAAAAAUAAAUCAAAUAAAAUGCGGUUAUACGUUUAAUCUUUUUCUAGGUGAGGCAAGUCGGAAUCAAU